GUUCUCUACUUCUCUAUCGGAAUUCGGAACCAAAACACACCUAAUAGCUCCUGAUAACUAAUAUUUUUACUUUACCAAAUGGAAAGGUCUUCACAUGUUAAAUCUAUGAAAUUAAUUUCUCUUCAGUUUUCAGACUGUUUUGUGGUUUUCACUUUUCAGUUAUUUACAUUAUAACCUGUAUUUGUGAAUUUCUGUAAAUUUCAAAUUUCUUAAAUCAUUUUAUAAUUAGAGAUCCAUUUUUAAGAAAUUAAUGAACAGAGUUGGUCUGGAUGAAAACAGUCCACCAGGGAAUAGGAACUAGGAAUUUUUAAUUAGAUAACGAAAACUAGCUAAUUAUGGCUGAAGAUAUUAAAACUAUUUAUCUCCAGGACAUCCAAAAAGAAAGUUUGCAUGUGGUUUUGCAACAGUUGAAUUUUGUGAAUUGCGAUCAUAAAAAUAGAACGAAUAUAAUAAAAGAAUUAGUAUGUAGCAAAAAGAAGCUUUUAAAACUUAAUGAAAGUGCUGAGGACAGUGACUCCGAAAGUGAAAGUCAUAAAAAGAUAGUUACACUUCUUGAAAAAGAACGGAACAUUAUAUUUGAUGAAACUAAUAUGAAAUUAGAAGAAAUUAACUUGGAGAAACAAAAAAUUUUGUCCGAAAAAGUUAUUUUUCCAGUUAUACCUAAGCGCAAAAUGGAUCAUAUGCUCUCACUAUUAAAAUUUCAAAAAAAGCUUGGUAAUGAAGAAAAAAAAUUAAUGAAUUGUUUAUCGCACAUACAAUCAAGUGCUAAACCACCUUGGAAUUCACCCUCAAUUAUUUUUAAAGCAAUAAAAGAUAGUAUAAUACGAAGAAAAUGGGAGAACUUGACAAAAUUGUUAUUGAUGCUUAUACAUUUCCCUUCUGUUAAAUAUAAGCCAACAAUUAGACAUAUGUGUAAAAUUCUUGAUAAAUAUCACCCUGUUAUUCGUCACAGAGGAUUACAAGAUCAGUUUGACAUGAUUACUCUCACAAACAAAGGUUCAAAAAUAGGAAAUUCUAAACUAGUAUAAUAGGCAAUUGAAAAUUUAACAAUAAAACAUGGAACUGAUUUCAAAUAAAAUACAUAUUUAUGAAAAGAU